UUCUAAAUUAGGAAUGCUGUAUCAGCCAAUCAGGAGUGGGAUGGCAUGGAACAUUCUCGAGAGCUGGGCAGGAAGAGUUUUCUGAAGGACGGUGGUCUGGUCUGGGUUUUUCUGGGUGGGAAGUGUGGAGAGAAGAGCACCAGGGAAGACACCUGGAGGAUCCCACUCGUAGGAGAGACCCUGUUGCAAGGAGUGCUUUGUGAGGUGGAGGAUUCCAAGAAGGGAAGUUCUGCCUGUGAUUAGUGAGGAGAAUUCAGUGGGAAGAUCUUGGAAAAGAAGGUUGAAGAGAAAUCAAUACACAAGAUUUUUCAAGGAAAAACAGAACAGGUGAAGAAAAAUCAAGUCCCUUCAACCGAACAGUCUCAGCUACAAAAUGGAUUUUACCACAUUCAGAAAUAUUUAGAUGAAAAUAAAUGGAUAAGUGAUGUCAUGCACACAGGAAAAUCUCUUUCUUUUUGCUUGAAGGAAUUGGAUGAGAAGAAAACUAACUCUAAAAAGUAUCUUGAAAGUGAAACCUUGCCACUUAUUGACAAGAGACCAAAAUCAGCUCGUCGUUAUUCACAAGGAAAAAUAUUAGAUGAGUCCGUUUCAUUUUCAUCAUUGAAAGAGAAAGCUGUCAAAAGAAAUAAGGAAUGUGGCCCUUUAGUUCAAAGUGUUCCCAAAGAUUUGGACGAUGAAGAUCAAAAAAAUGAUAUAUAUUCCAGAAGAAGAAAACAUGUCAUUGAAAAGCUAAGAAUGAUUUACAUUCUGUUGUGUGGAGUUGCCAAUAUGAAAUGCAAGGAUCUCAAACGUUUUGUACCAUUACCUCACAGUUAUGUACAGUUCUUGUUGCAAGAACCACAAGGAGGAGAGAAUCCAUUUCCUUUAGGACUUUCACAACUACGAAGGAUUCAUCAACAAAAGGAGACAAAAUGUUAUCAAUUUAUGACAAUGGAGGCCAAAAAGUCAAGGACUGCUGAUCUUCUAUGGAAAACUUUCAUUCAUAAUGAGUACACAGCAAAUGACUCAGAAUCGUGUCGUCGACCAUCAAAAGCACUUAGCUCUGCAAAAGAGUCAUUGAAAUCAGAAUUAAAUGAAAUGGAGAUUUCGUUGUUUGAACUUCCACCAUGGCUUGCACUAAUAGAGGCUAAAAAUUUAACAGAACAACGCUUUCGUCAAAAAUUAAAGGGGAGUGUGGAUAAAGUUGAAACGUUGAAAGCGACUUUCACCAAUUUGCAGCAAACCAUGGCCAAAGUGACACACAAAAGGUUAUUGUUGAAGAGGGGAAAUCGUUCAGUCAGAAUGAGUGCCAUACUACAGCUCCUGGAUAUUAGUCCUGAAGCAGACUUUGAAACAAUGAUUACAUCAAUAGAUCAUGACACUAAGGUUUUAGAACCACCAAAACAUCCUCCCCAUUGGUUCACUUUGCUAAAGAAUGAAUGUUUGGAAAUUGGUCCACAAGAAGAAAUAAAUUGCCUGCUACAGAAACUUGCAGUAUUUCACCAUUUUACAGCAAGUUCUAUACCUUCUGCUGAAGAAAAAUUGUGUCUUUUGGCAGUCUCACUUCCGACAGACCAGCUCCUUAGACUCCCUGUUCAGGAUGCUCUGCUCUUCGUUGUGGGAAGUAUUUUCAAGUGCUCUCCAAAACAUGUGAAGCAGUGGUUCCAAUAUAGGAAACUACACUUUUCACUUAUGUGCAAGAAUCAGUAAAGAACAAACUUUUGUCAGUUAAAGUAAAAGAUGUUUUUUUCAGGUAGAAACAUGUCUAUUAAAGUACAUUUUUCACAUACAAGAGACUGCUGCCACACAGGCAUUAUCAUUAUCAAACUAUUACUCCUAAGUCCACACAGAAGACCAAGCAGUCUUAGGAGCAUAAAUUGAUGCUCAAGGAUUAGAACAAAGUAUGGAGUGUUUUAUUGAUCACCGGCAAAUGCAAAUAGUUCAUAGCUGACCCAUGUUGCUACUCAGGUAUCAACGAGUCCAUGUAGCACAUCAUCACCCUCGUGUGGCAAUGUCGGGAAGUUCAACUCUGCAAAAAUUAACCUGCACAAGUACCUUUUUACAGGCUGGCUGUCAUUUAUUUCUCAUGCCAAAGUGCACCAAAAAGUCAUUUGCUGCCACUUAAUGUAAGAAUCACACACACACAGCUUUAUGCAACAAAGCAGAAAAAUCAGGUGUAUUAAAAUAAGCCAUUUUCAAUUUCUUUUGAAACCUUUUGUUUACCAAUCAAAUCAAUUUGAAACUGAAGACCAUUCAAGAGAAAAUAUUUUGCUUCACAUCUGCCCUAAGUAGGCAAUUCCCUAUUUUUAAUUAUCUCUAGUUCUAGAUUCUCUAGGAGGAAACAUUAACACCCUCCCCUUCAAAGCAGCUCAUGUUUUGCAUCAGUCUCCUCUUGGUUUUCUAAACCCCUGUGUUUACAAGCCUAGCUUGUUUAAAUGUUCUCCAUAGGAAAACACACCUAGUUCAAGUACUAGUCUUGCAGACUCUGAAUAUGAAAAGCAAAACUGUACAAUGUACUCAGAUAUGGUCUCACUUGGGUUCCAUAUAACUGAAGCAAGAUAUCCCCAUUUUUGUAUUCAAGUCAUUAGCAAUAAGAAAUAAUAGUCAGCUUUCACACUUGCAUGUUGUACCUAUAUACUAGCCUUUUCUUCUUGGAUAUCCGUAAUCUUCUGCAAAGUCUCUUACUUUAUAUUUUUCCAGCACAUUUAUUCCUAUUCUCUGCUUUGAUGUGCAAGUACUGUAGGAAAUUAAUCCCACUGCUGUUUGUGAUAUAUAUCAACAACUUGGAUGAAAAUAUAAAAUGGAUGAAUUAGCAAGUUUGAGGGUGACACCAAGAUUUAUUGCAGCAGGAUAAUUACAUCUAGUCCUGAUGUAGGUCUCUGCCUGAAACAUUGACUGGUUAUCGUUUCCAUAGAUGCUGCCUGGCCUGCUGAGUUCUUCCCAGUAUUUUAUGUGUACAGGAUAUACAGCCGAUCAGUUAAGAGAUAUGGGCAAAGAAAUGACAAAUGUUGUUUAAUAUAGUCAAGUGUGAGGUGUACUUUGGGAGGGCAAAUGAAAGGAAAAAGUAUAGAGUUAAUGGUAGGCCCCUUAAUAGCAUUAAAAUACAGAGGGAUCUUGGUGUCUAGCUCCACUUUCACUGAAAGUAGCUAUGCAAAUUGAUAAGAUGGUAAAGGCAGCUUGUGGAAUGCUUCCCUUCUUUUGUAAUGGUGUUGAGUAAGGGAAUAAUGCUGUAGCUAUACAGGUCUCAAGUCUGAUUGCAUUUAAGGUAUUGGAUGCAGUUCUUGUUACCCCAUUAUAGGAUGAAUGCAGAGACUAUGUGAAGAGUGCAAAAGUGGUUUAUCAGGAUGCUACCUCAACUACAGAGUAUAUAACCUACAAAGCAAAAGAUGGAAAAGUUCUCCCUAGAGUGUCAGAGGUUGCAGGGAGACCUGUUAAGAGAUUUUUUUUUAACAGAGGCAUAAAUAGGAUAGACAGAACUUUUUCCCCAGGGUGACAAUGUCAAACACCAGAGAACAUGCUUUAAGGUUAGAGGGGGAUGUUUAAAGGUGAUGAGGUUUGUUUUUCAAAAUACAUUCAAAGUGGUAGGUGCCUGGAAUAGAUUACAGGGAUAAUAGUGGCAGCAGGCAGUUUGAUGGAGUGUAAGAGGCUUUUAAAAAGACACACGAAUGUGAAAGGAAUGGAGGAAGUGGAUGAUACACAGGAGGGCACUUAGUAUUUAUUAGCUUCAAGAUCAGCAGAACAGAGUGGGCAGCAUGUCUGGACCAGUGCUGUACUGUUCUAUAGAUUCUAUGAAUGGAUAACUUGGUGAGAUUUAGCGUACUGCCAACAAAGUUUUGGAUGACCUCAGGUUUAUCUGAUGUAGAUUGAAGGAGGCCAGUCAAAUGCAAAUCUGAAAUAUUCAUGUGUUGCAGAAGCUUGGGUGUGAAUUUCUGUAACAAGAAAAGCAUAAUGCAAGAGAGAGUCAGAUGGUUUAGAAACUGGCAGCCACUUUCCUCCAGGCCUCUUGAUGAUUAAUUAAUGAGUGACAUCUGCAGCCUCAGACACAGUUACUUAAUCACCACAAUCCCACAUUAUUUAUCUCCAUCUCAUUGCCCUCUGUAAUUCAAAUAUUAACACUCCCCUCUUAGGUAGACAAUUGCAGAUUUAUGCCUCCAUUUAGAGUGUCAACAGAUUGGUACAUUUUUCCAAGACUGGCAGUUCUAUAUGAUUGAAACCGCAGUCUUUUGGAUGAGACACUAAAACAUGGCUGUUGUCUGCCUUUUCAAGUGGUCCCAGAAGAUUCCAUACCAUUAGUUCAAAGUAGUACAGAGGAGUUAUUCAUUGUCCCAUGAAACCAGUUAUUUCUCAACCAAUAUAAGAAAAACAUUAUUUGGUCAACAACACAAUGCUACUUUGAAGUUUUACAAAAUUAAUGCGAUAUAUUCAUGAUUCUGUUAAUUUAGUGCUUCUCUUCCAUGCACCUUUGCCCACCAUAGUACUUAGGUAAGAUGCUUCUCAAUGGCAGAGAUGGAGAGAUGUUAACUUUAAGCAAAAGAGCUCAGAGCCAAAAGCCUAGUUUCAUAUCAUACUGGCACUUACAACAUGCUUAUAUUUUUAAGGACCAGGUAUUGCUUGUGCUCUGUGGGUCGUGGAAGUUGCAAGUAUUCUGGAACUAGUAGUGGAUAAAAAUUAGGUAAAAACAAGUUGAUUUUAUUUUUCCAAGUAAAACCACCCCAACCCUUCCAUGGUACAUAUCAUACCAUUUCUUCUUGCAGCAAAAGUCCUGCUGCAACUAUCCACUCUCUUCUAACCACAAGUCUACAGUAGGGCUGCUAACAUAUUUCAACAAACAAGCUUAAGGUGGGAAGUGGUAACUGGAAGAGAAGUCGAUGAUGCUGUCAGACUGGAGACUACCAAGACAAAAUAGGAUGUGUUGCUCCUCCAAUCUGCAUCUGACUUCAAUAUGGAAUUAGAGGAGACUGUGGCCGGACAUGUCAAAAUGGGAAGUGUUAUUAAAAUGGCUGGCUACUGGGGCAAUCCUGGCUAUAAGGGGCUCCUCCAUCACCCCUUGCAUUUUCCACCUGCCAUCCACCAGCUCAUACUCAACCCCUGCCCUUUUAUUUGGGCUCUGCUCUUCCAGUCCUUAUAAAGGGUCUUGGCCCAAAAUAUUGACGCUAUAUUUCCCUCCAUACUUGGUGCCUGACCUGCUGAUUUCCUCUAGCAGUUUGUGUUGCUGUAGAUUUCCAGCAUCUGUAGAAUCCUUUGUCUUCUACUUAACUCACUUAUCUCCUUUGUGCUUUCCCCUUGCCACCUUAAAGCUAAGUUCCCUAGCAGUUAACAUCUUAACCGGGGGGGGGGGGGGGUGGAUGGACCGUCUACCCUAUCUACGCCUUUCAUAAUUCUAUCUAGUCUCCCGUCAGUCCCUCACACCUCACGCUCAAGGGAAAACAACAGAUGGUCAUCUAAUUUCUUCUUAUAGGUAAUAUACUUCAAUCCUGGUGACAUCUUAGGGGAACCUUUUCACCCCCUCCUACCAUGGUGACAGGAACUGCACACAAUACUCCAAAUCUGUCCUAAAUAAAGCUUUAUAAAACUGCAGUAUGACUUCCUGACUUUUAUACUCAUUGCUCCAGCUAAUGAAGGCAAGUAUGCCCUACUAUCACCCUAGCUACUUGUGUUAUUACUUCCUUAGUUAUGGACUUGCAUCCCAAAUACAGUUGUACAUGAAUGUUCCUGCCAUUUACUGUAUAUUUUCCUCUUGCAUUUGAUCUCCCAUAAUACUUCACCUCAUUAAGAAAAGAUUUUAAGCGUCUAGAUUUUGAAAAAGAAAAUGCUACAACUAGUCUGUAAGCAACGUGGAAGCAGAAAUAUUUUAGAAAAAAAUGGGAGAAAGCAGAGACCUCAAUAUAAAUCACCAGGGGAAUUUACCAGAGAACAUGUUCAAUCUUGAGAUCAAUUAUCAACAAAAAGCAACAAUCAUUGGAAUACAUGAACAAGUGGCUUUUGUUUUUGAACUACACUAGUGGCUACUUUAUUAGGUAUCCCUUGUACUUAAUAAAGUGCUACUGAGUGUAUGCUCGUGGUCUUCUGCUGAUGUGGCCCAUCCACUUCACUGUUCAAUGUAUUGUGCGUUUAAGAGAUGCUCUUCUGCAUAUCACUAUUGCAACAUAUCGUUAUUUGAGUUGCUUUCCUGUCACCUUGAAUCACUCCUACCAUUCUCCUCUGACUGCUGUCAUUAACAAGGUGUUGUCACCCACAGGACUACCUCUGUUAUUAUGGUUGGUAUGAACAACUGAACCCCUUGACCAUAUUUGCAUGUUUUUAUGCAUAGAGUCACUGCCACAUGAUUUAGCCGAUUAGUUAUUUGUAUUUAUAGGUGUAACUAAUAAAGUGGUCACUGAGUUUUUUUUAAAAUCACAUUUGAACAAUCUGAACAAGAUUUAAGAAAAUCUUGUAUGCACUUUUUUGACAACCAGGCAUGGUACAGGCCAGUUACCAGACCUAUUAGUAAAUAGUCGACAUCUUGGAAGCUCAUUCAAGGAGA